CCCGGAGCCCACGCUAGAGCUCCGCACUGGCCGCACUCGCCGGGGCGCAGGCCCACAGAACGCACGCGACCCGGCCCGGGUCCAGAUCGCGGGGACUCACCUCUUGGACGCCGCCCGGGGUGCGGGGACCCCGACCCGCUGCAGCCUGUGGGCCGCGCUCCGCAACUCAGCGCAUUCACCAGCCUGGCCCGCGGCUUUGGCCUCCACGGUGCCCGGUCCCCCGGCCUCCCUCCACCUUUCCCCGCAUCCUCCCUCCACCCUUCCCGCUGCUCCGCCGCCUCCCAUUCAUUGCAUCCGUUUCCCCUUCCCGGCUUGGUCCUCCCCUCCGAAGCUUCUCCGGCCGGACCCCGCUACCCUUUUGGGGUUCUCCGUACAUUCAUGGAAGUUUAGGGCCUGGACCGUGGCCCCGAGUUCGACCUGAGAGCGCAGCCCGCGCUGCCGACAGGACCAAGGAAGAUGUCUGCGCUCAAGCGGAUGAUGCGGGUCUCCAAUCGCUCCCUGAUCGCUUUCAUCUUCUUCUUCUCCCUCUCCACGUCCUGUCUCUACUUCAUCUAUGUAGCUCCAGGCAUCGCCAACACAUACCUCUUUAUGGUACAGGCUCGAGGUAUCAUGCUGAGAGAGAAUGUGAAAACAAUUGGACAUAUGAUCAGGCUGUACACGAAUAAAAACACCACGCUCAAUGGGACAGAUUAUCCUGAAGGCAAUAAUUCGAGUGACUAUCUUGUUCAAACAACAACGUAUCUUCCACAAAACUUCACCUAUUCGCCCAACCUCCCCUGUCCAGAGAAGCUGCCUUAUAUGCGGGGAUUCCUCAAUGUCAAUGUGAGUGAAAUCAGUUUUGAUGAAGUUCAUCAGCUCUUCUCCAAGGACGUAGAGAUUGGGCCAGGAGGCCACUGGAGGCCCAAAGACUGUAAGCCCAGAUGGAAGGUGGCAGUUCUCAUCCCCUUUCGGAACCGCCAUGAACAUCUUCCGAUUUUUUUCCUGCACCUGAUUCCAAUGCUCCAGAAACAGCGGCUGGAAUUUGCCUUUUAUGUCAUCGAACAGACCGGCACACAACCGUUCAAUCGUGCGAUGCUCUUUAAUGUGGGUUUCAAAGAGGCCAUGAAAGACAACGCCUGGGACUGUGUGAUCUUCCACGAUGUGGAUCAUCUGCCUGAGAAUGACCGGAACUAUUACGGAUGUGGAGAGAUGCCGCGUCACUUUGCAGCAAAGCUGGACAAGUACAUGUACAUUCUUCCGUAUAAGGAGUUCUUCGGCGGGGUGAGCGGCCUGACCGUGGAGCAGUUUAAGAAGAUCAAUGGCUUUCCCAACGCCUUCUGGGGCUGGGGAGGAGAGGACGAUGACCUCUGGAACAGAGUUCACUAUGCUGGGUAUAAUGUCACCCGGCCCGAGGGGGACUUGGGAAAAUACACAUCUAUCCCCCAUCACCAUCGGGGAGAAGUACAGUUCUUAGGGCGGUAUAAAUUACUAAGGUAUUCUAAGGAGCGUCAGUACAUCGAUGGAUUGAACAAUUUAUUAUACAUGCCCAAAAUACUGGUUGAUAGGUUGUAUACGAAUAUAUCUGUAAACCUCAUGCCAGAGUUAGCUCCAAUUGAAGACUAUUAAAAAGAAGUCUCUCGUGGUGGGGUAGACCACAGUGCUGGAUUGUGAACUUGGCUUGGAGUGUACUCUCCAGGAGGUUAGAGAUUGACAUGUCUCAGUGUCCCAGUCUGUGAAAAGAGCCAGCAGUCCUUAAUGUUUACAGCGUGGGACUCCAUACCAUCACACUCCCCACUCUCCUCCCUGCUGGGGGGCGUCCUCCAUGGCAAGCAUUGUGGAGACCUGAACCCAUUGCUUGGGAUUGGAAGCGAAGAGAGCUCCCUACAAAGAGAAGAUUUUUAUACUGAAAUCUAUAAUUUAAUUCAAGAGAAUGCUUUUAUUUCUGUUCAAACCAUAUUUUGUACAUAUGUGAUGUAAAUUAAAUGUGUUUAAAUUGUUGAAAAAUAAGAUGUCACAAUUUUGCAUGUGAUUGGUUAUGCCUUCAUUGGACUUUUAUAGACAUUUUUUUAUUUGCAUGGGGAAAAUUAUGUAAAUCUAUGUCUCGAAGCAAAGGUUGAGCCUUGUAUGGCGUGAAGGAAGUACCAGCGAUGGAUACAGUAACUGUUCUCUGGUGUUCAGCUUUAGACCUUCGGCCUCCUGUGGGCGCAGGCCCAGCCCUCUGAGGGCACUGAAGGAAAGAGCGAAAAUGCGCACAGCUUUUCUUCCUGCCAGAAUUACCUGGUUUUGUUUUGUUCUGUUCUGUUUUUCCUUGCUUGCAAUCUCAUCAGAUUUUGCCAAGUCAACAGCCAUACUGUUUAUGCGCACUGCAUGAGUAUUACCAAGAAAACCUUCAAAGUUGUGAAGUGACAUGCUGUACAGGACCUCUUCAUGUUAAAUGUCUCUAUGUACCUCCGAUGUACGUGUCAGGGAUCUUGUGCCUCAAAAAAAAAAAAAAGUUCCCAAGGUUGUCUUUAUAUACUGUAUUUUUUUUCAGUUUCAUAAUGAACAGCAUUAUUAUUUCCAGUUAAGAAAAACAAAAGAGAGUAUCUUCUUUUAAAAACUUUUUUUAAGAAUGAACUUAAGGAAAACCCAGUUGUGCUUCUACAGAUGAAUUCUACUAUUAGAUGAGAAAUUAGAUGCUCUAUUUUUAUGAAGAUAAAUGCUUAGAUUAAAAAUAACUUCAACUUUAAUUCUCAAGCAUACACAGUUCCCCUUUCAUAUCAGCCAGUCAUUCAAACUAUUUUUUUUCACUUUCAAGAAAUCUCCAGUGUUACUAAAAUUUUCUCACCGAAAGUGUAAUUUAAUGCCGCCCCCCUUUCUGUGGCACUGGGGAUUGAACCUAGGGCCUCUAGACUUACCUUAAAAUCGGUUCAUUGAAUGUGUGGAUACUGUAACUUCUGAAAUAUGUCUCACUACCUACUGCCAAGUCCACUCAUCCUCAAUUUGGAUGAGGUUUUCCAUGACAAAACAAUAAAGCCCCAACAGUAUUCUUACUUUGAAAAUGAUCCAUUAUAAAGAUUCUUGAAAAGUAUCACAUAUUCUCUGUAAGAUCUUAUCUCCCAUACUUUCACAGAUUUAAAACAGAACACCAUCUCCCUGUAAAGUGAACCUUCCCCAAGAGUGAGGAGGGAGGGAAUUCUGGGUGUGAGAAACUUUGCUCUUCUUAUCUAUCUAGUGUUGAGAGUUUGGCUUGCAGUUGUGAUCUCUGUCAUAGUUUUGGUAAUGCUAAUGGCCACAAACCAAAUCAUACAGAAAUUAAAAUCCUUACCUGUCUGUCAUGACACCAGUCUUUCCAUGUUUAUUUCUUAGAAGCAGUUCUAAAAUAUUUACCUUUUAACUUUUUUGUUACUUAAAAGAGUGAAAAAUCAGAACUUCUGCUGAUGAAGAUAUUUGUAUGUUAUCCAUUUAUUUUUCUGUGGCCAAUGCAGUAUUUCAUUUGACAGAAUGACAGCAGAUUAUAAUGUUACUGUUGCUGAUGACUUGUGAGACAGGGAUACAGGCAGGUGACCCAGAGCUCCUCCCUCCUCCCAGCGCUGGGGGAAGCGACACCGUGCUGACUCUUACAGAGGAAACACAUUUUAUAACGUGGACGUUGGGAUACCUUUUUGAAUUGAUACACAGUUCACUAUUUCGGGAAAAUUCAGGACCCCGGGUAAUCUGCCUUACUCUCUUGGGUUACAUCUGGUAGGAAUAUGGCUUCAGGAAUUGGAUGUAAGUAUUUUUGUUCUGUUUUGGUAUUGAAUCAAGUGAGCCAGCCUAUGAGAACCACCUCACCACUUUGUUUUCUAUUUUGCUUUUUAAAUUCAGGCCCAGAAUUAUUUUCAGUUAAGAGCAGUGACCUAUAUAUGUUCCCACAAAUAACAGUUUUGCCCAGUUACCAUGGUCACAUGACAACAAAUCUCUUCCUUACAUAUUAGCGGAAGCAGACAGUCUGAUAAAAUCACAUCUACCCUGGUGGUUUUCACUAGGUGUCUAUUCCCCACCGGCUGCCUGUGGUUGUUUAAAAGUUUUGCUUUGUCCCCUAAACAAGUCAAAUCAGAAAGUUGAAACUUCUCUGAAAUAAGGAAGCUGCCAUCUGAUAACUCACCUGUCAGUUGUCUUAGUCUGAAAUCCACUGUGGACACAGAUGCUGGGAGGUCCUCAUGGCACGGGGGAAAUCAUAUGAUGCCUUUGAACUAGAGAAAGAAAUCAUGACUGAUGGGCUGUUUAUCAAAGAAAGGGAGAAAGUAUGCACAUUCAUUGUAACAUUCUUUCUGGUUCUCAGUGAAGAUGUCGUUUAAUUCUUUGCCAAAACAAGGGUUUGAAUGAAGUGACUUUUUUUCCUUUUUCUAAAUACAUUUUCUGCUGUAGACCUUUGAGCUGGCUCAGAGAAUAAAGGUGCCUGCUCCAAGCCUGGUGGCCUGAGUUUCCUCCCUGGGACCCACAGUGUAGGAGAAGAGAACCUACUACUGCAAGUUGUCCUCUGACGUCCAUAUGUGUACACGUGCACAUGUAUAUACACACACACACACACACACACACACACACACACACACAAAGCUAAUCAAAAGGUAAUUAAAAAUUAAAUUUCUGUUUGUGUUUUAUGAAAAGGUAUUCACUGAGAAAAUCUUAUUUAUAAAAUUUAAGUACAGAGUUAUCUAUUAAAAACUUACAUUCCCUAUAACCAUCUUAAUACAGAACGGAAGCAUAGCCAAUACAAUAGUCUCCCUUUGGAGACUCUGAGAGCCGACGCAGGCUCUGUGCCAUUGUAUUGGGCCUCGCCCUGUUCCUUUAUACACCUGUCAGGUAAACAGCACUCUAGAUUUCUUGCCUUGGGUUUGCAUAUUGUCACUUGAGAAGCAAACUGUCACAGUGUUGUUUUUCAGGAGGUGGAAGUGUACUUAAGAUUAUUUAUUACAAUAUGAAAUACUUCUAUGUAAGUGCAUUGACGUAAAUGCUAGUGAUUCCCUGCAAUCUUUUUUUUUGUCUUGUUUUGCUUCUCAUGGAAAUGUUUGUACUUUUUUUAUCAUUGUCUUUUAUGAAAUAUAAUGUUCUAAAGAC